GGGAGAGAGAAACAUCUUUGGCAUUAGGCAAGCCAGGCACUUGCUGGUAGCCUCUUUCUCUCUCGGCAGCCUCGGCUGAAGACGUCGGAUAAUGUCUCAUCGGAAGUUUUCAGCUCCCAGGCAUGGCCACCUGGGCUUCCUUCCUCAUAAGAGGAGCCGCCGACAUCGAGGAAAAGUGAAGAGUUGGCCCAAGGAUGAUCUCAGCAAACCAGUCCACUUGACAGCCUUCCUGGGCUAUAAAGCUGGCAUGACUCACAUCCUGCGGGAACUUCAUAGAUCAGGACUAAAAAUCUCUAAACGAGAGGAAGUGGAAGCUGUCACUAUUAUCGAAACUCCGCCAUUGGUGGUCGUUGGGCUAGUGGGCUAUAUCGAGACGCCAAGGGGGCUGAGAAAUUUCAAAACCAUCUUUGCAGAACAUAUAAGUGAUGAAUGCCGAAGACGUUUCUACAAGAACUGGCACAAGAGCAAAAAGAAGGCAUUCACUAAGUACUGCAAGAAAUGGCAAGAUGAGACUGGGAAGAAGCAGCUGGAGAAGGACUUUGUGUCCAUGAAGAAAUACUGUAAGAUCAUCCGUGUCAUUGUGCACACCCAGAUGAAGCUCCUGCCAAUGCGGCAGAAGAAAGCACAUAUUAUGGAGAUCCAGCUCAAUGGAGGCUCUGUGGCAGAGAAAGUUGACUGGGCUCGGGAGAAGCUGGAAAAGCAGGUGUCUGUGCACAGUGUCUUCAGCCAGAAUGAGAUGAUCGAUGUCAUUGGAGUCACCAAAGGGCAUGGGAUGAAAGGGGUGACGAGUCGCUGGCAUACCAAGAAACUCCCAAGGAAGACUCACAAAGGCCUGCGGAAGGUUGCCUGCAUUGGAGCCUGGCACCCUGCCCGGGUGGGCUACUCGAUUGCCCGGGCUGGCCAGAAGGGCUACCAUCACCGCACAGAACUCAACAAGAAGGUUUAUCGCAUUGGCCGUGGGAUCCACAUGGAAGAUGGCAAAGUCAUAAAAAACAAUGCAUCCACCAAUUAUGACCCAACAGAGAAAACCAUCACUCCACUGGGUGGAUUCCCUCAGUACGGAGAAGUCAACAAUGACUUUGUCAUUGUGAAGGGCUGUGUGUUGGGUACCAGGAAGCGGGUGCUGACCCUGAGGAAGUCCCUUCUGGUCCACACAAGCCGAAAAGCUCUGGAGGCCGUGGAGCUGAAAUUCAUCGACACCACCUCCAAGUUUGGCCAUGGCUGCUUCCAGACAGCCCAAGAGAAGCGAGCCUUCAUGGGCCCUCAGAAGAAACACCUGCUGAAAGGGAAGCCAGAAACUCCAGAGGAAUUAUAAAGGUGUUUCUCUGAAGGAGAUACUUCUAAAUUGUUUGCGUCUGGAGCUAUAUCAAAUAUGAGUGCAAACAUGGUCUCUGUUUUUGAAAUGGAAUAGUUUUUGUCAGUCUUAAGAAAAAAGAUCACUGAGUUGAAAGAGAAAACCCAAUAUUUAUAAUAAGGGUUAUACAGGGAGGAUUAAAAAAACCAAAAUGGCACUUGUGAUAGCAUGAUUGAAGUGGUUGUCAUCUUGACUUUUUUUACCAUUUCACCCAUGACAAUUCUGAACAACCCAGAUAUUUGCUUAUAUUUUUGCACUUUUGGCUGGUGCUAAUAAAGGUAUUGUCAUAUUA